ACAAAUGGUAUCGCGAGAGUGAGAAAGUGAGCAUGCAACUGCAUGCAAUGUCAGUUGCAGGGAUCGGUCAUUUAAUGGCUAAAGUGGAGAUCGCCCCUCUGAGAUCCUUGGAUGAUUUCUGUCCAGGCUCAGAGCGCUUUGCUAAACCAGAUACACGAGAUUUGGCCAAAUGGAACAACAGAGUGGUCAGCAACCUCCUGUACUAUCAAACAAAUUAUCUGGUGAUGGCAAUCAUCGUUUUCUUGAUUGUAGGGUUCAUGAACCCUGUGAGAAUGUUCUCAGGUGCCGCAGUCAUUGCUUCAGUUUUCAUUAGCUCCAUGUGGGCCGGAGAGAACAAGGCCAUGAUCAAGAAGUUCAAAAAGGAGAACCCAACCUUGUUUGUUUUCCUGGUCAUGGUUGUGAGUUUCCUCCUGAUGUCACUCUUUGGUGGAGUCAUGGUACUGCUGAUGGGAAUCAAGCUGCCACUUCUCUUGAUCUUUGCGCAUGCAUCACUUCGACUGCGCAACAUUAAAAACAAACUGGAGAAUAAGAUGGAGAGUGCGGGACUCAAGAAAUCACCCAUGGGCAUCAUACUUGAAGCACUGGGCCAACAAGAAGAGAAUCUCAGUAAAAUUCAAGGCUUUCUAGAGAGCAAACUCAAUCAAUAAAGAUUGCCUUUCUGAGGUUGUCAACAAAGAAAUGAAGGAACUUUUUACCCACUAUUUGUGAAAUACACUCCUAUUUUUCCAAAAUAUAUUUUGAGCUUGAUUGGCAAAACAAACAGUAUUUUUCUCAAUGUAUAUUUUCUGUAAUAGGCUGGAAAAUAUUUUUUUGCACAAUGUUUUACAGUGUUAUGAAACAUAUGUUUACAUCUCAAGUCUUGUAAUUGAUCUAACUUGGUGGAUACUUCUCAAAAUAUAAUUUUGCACAUUGAAAAAAAAUCUGAUUUUGGUUUAGGUGCAGCACUACCUCACAAGUGAUGUUUUUUCUUUCGAAUGUAGAAGAACAUGGUGUCAUGCGUUUAAGUUUCAAGUGUUAUGUUAGUAUUCUUCUGUACAUUUAUCAAAUCCAAGUUAGCAGGAAUUCAAACUUAUAAGAUGUGGAAAAACGUGAGAAAGUCAUAGCAGGUGUUCCAGAUGUAUAUUUUCAUUAGGUAUGUAAAGCUUUUUUAAGUGUUCAAGCUUAAAGUAGCCCUAUCAAGUGAUUUUAAUAAGGAAAAUGUAAAACAUUUUACCAAAUAAUUUGGGAAAAUUAGCUUUAGCAAAGGUGAGUAGCUAAUAUCCCUGAAUAUGAGUAGCUAAUACCCUGAAUAUGACAAAAAAAUGUAAUCAGUUUAUGAUAUCGGUUGCAAAACAAUGUGCAGAUCACAGAGUGAUUCUACCAAAGAAAGUGUUUACAUUAUGCUUUAAUUUUAAUUAUCCCUGAUUUUGAUUGAAUUUGGAUGGCUUUAUUGUGGACAGACAAUAAAUCUUCUGGUACUACUUAGGCAUCAGAAAUGUGAACAAUGCUCAUCGUAAUCUGAACAGAUUCUAUAUCAUGGUUAUAUUACCUUGAGGUCAAAUAACACUCUAAAUAAUGCUGGGUGAAAAAUAACCCAAAUAUGGGACAGAACACACGUUGGGCUAAACUAACAAGUUGGGUUGUUAAUUUUAACCCAGCAAAUGGGGUAUUUAUUAAACUCAAAUAAAGGUUAAUUUUUACAGGAAUGCUGGGUUAAUUUGAUCUCAUAAGUGGAUUCAUAUUUUCAGAUUGUUUUAUCCUUUAAAAAUAUUGUAAAA